AUGGCAUGUGCCCUGUUGAGGAACAAUCGCGUGAAGCAGAUGUUUAAGCUCCCCAUCCGCUCCUUUUCCACCACGCGACCUAUCAAUGCGGACUUCACUCAUGCGGUGAUUGGUGCAGGUGUAGUCGGUCUCGCGACCGCAAGGCAGCUCGCAGCUCGCGAAGGUACCUCGACUAUUCUGCUAGAGCGCCAUGAUGCGGUGGGCACAGAGACGAGUAGUCGCAACUCCGAGGUAAUCCACGCAGGUCUAUACUAUCCCGCAAAUUCCCUCAAAACGCGCCUCUGCAUCCACGGCCGUAACCUCCUCUACGACCUCUGCGCCCAAAACAGCAUCCCCCACCGCAACACCAAAAAAUGGAUUGUUGCCCAAACCCCUGAGCAAUGGGAGGCCUGUCUGAAAGUGCACACCCACGCACAAGCCCUCGGCGACGCCCCGACCCGACUUAUCGGACGGGACGAAGCGCUGCGCCGUGAACCAGACGUCAGGGCUGAGGCAGGCAUUGUAGAGAGCGAGACAACGGGUAUUGUAGACAGCCACUCGCUUAUGACGUUCCUGCAAGGCGACUUUGAGGACCGUGGCGGCGACGUCGCGCUCAAGACGCGCGUGACGGCUGUCGAGGCUAUUGAUGGCGGUCGUGGUGGGUAUAAGAUCACCGCUAUCUCUGAGGAUGGAUCUGAGACUUCUAUCACGGCGGAAACGCUGGUUAAUAGUGCCGGUCAUGGUGCUUGCGCGAUUAGCAACAUGCUCCUCCCCCAGGAGCGUCAUCUCGUCCCGCAUUAUGCCAAGGGAACAUAUUUCUCGUAUGCGGCGUCUAGGCCGAAGACUUCGGUUUUGGUUUAUCCGGCGACGCUGCCUGGAACGGGUGGACUGGGGACGCAUUUGACGCUUGAUAUGGGUGGACGUGUUCGCUUUGGGCCGGAUGUUGAGUGGGUGGACAGUCCGGAUGAUUUGAUUCCCAGCGCUGCGCGUUUGGAGAAGGCAUUGUUGGAGAUCAAAGCUUAUCUGCCUGGUGUUGAUAUUGAUGCCAUUACCUUGGAUUACUGUGGCAUUCGGCCCAAGUUGGGGAGAGGUGGUGCUGUUAACGAGGGUAAGGGAUUCCAGGACUUUAUUAUACGCGAGGAAGAGGAUCUACCUGGGUUUGUUAACUUAUUGGGUAUUGAGAGCCCGGGCCUGACGAGUUCUUUGGCUAUUGGAGAGAUGGUUGAUGAUAUCUUGUACCGUUGA